AUGUCUUCAACAACACAAUUUUCUUUACAAGACCCAAGACUUGAAGAGAUAUUUCAAGAGCAAUGGGGAUUAGAAGAAGUAAAAGAUAUAGAAAUAGCGCCAAAUCAAAGACUAAAGUUCAUUCGUCUCAAAAGUAAUUCAAAUACUAUCGAUACCUACUUAAAUCCUGUUCUAAAUGACAAGAAACUAGUUAUAUCAUACGAUUCUGUCGGUAAUAACUUGAUAUUUGUAUCUAGCGAAAUUUGUGCUAUAAUAGAUAUGAAAGAUCCUUUAGCUCCUUCUGUCAAAGCUUCUCUUUGCAGCUUAACUAGGACAAAAAUUAUCAUUUUAGACAUUUCUGAGCAAACACAACAAAUUCUAUCGCGUAAUUCUAUACAAUUAAGCGCUUACAUCGUCACGAAAGGCUCGCAGCAAUAUAAUACUUUCUUGUCUAAAAUGAAAUCACAGUGCACUGACCAAGUUUACGACUAUUUCGAGCAAUAUAAUAAAUAUAUCGUAAAUAAUGCAAAGCGCGGCAACCCAUUCCCAAGUAAAGUGAUUGCAUACUUGACAGUAUGUUUGUAUCCUGCCCUAUUUUGCUUGUUUUUAGAAGGAAAUAGUGCAUUUCAGCAAGGACAGCUUAAAGAAACACCACCACCAGGAAUUCCGCAACCAAUGAUGCCAAAUCCUAUGCAGCCGAUGCCAAACUUUAACCCAAGAAUGCAAAAUCCGAAUAUGUAUCCAAAUUACGCUCCAAACUUCAAUCCACAGCCACAAGUAUACCAUCAAUUCAAUCCUAUGCCACAGUUUCAACCAAUGCCAGCUCAAAUGCCGCAAUUCUGUCCAAUGCCGGCCCCGCCAAAUCAAUUUAUCCAAGGACCGCAUAAUUUAGCCCCAAUUACUCCACAAGGAUUCGCUUUGCCACCACCAAUCAACAGAAUGCAAAGCAGCCCAAUGGGACCGCUCAGUCCUCAAAUGUUUGCUCAAGCUCCUUCAAAUGGUCCUGUUCAGAGCCCCCAGCCAGCUUUCCAUAUCAAUCCUGCUCUUCUUGCUGCCAAUUUAGCCCAACAGAACCAACCAAACCAACAGAAACCUCAGCAGCAACAACAGCCAGAGCAGCCGCGCCAGGAGCAUCCAAAAGUUGCUUCUCCGCCUCCACAAGCUCAAUCUGUUCAGGCAAAGUCUCCGCCAGCUUCUCCUCAGCAAUCUAUUGAUAUGUCUAAGAUAGCAAUAAAGAAGGAAGCAACUGGUGGUGUUACUGAUGAGUUCUGGGCCCAAUUGGAGAAACUUGAGAUUGGAUUCAAGGCAAGAGGUGAAUUAGAUCUCGAUGGCUUGAAAUUUAAAUGCGCACUUUGCAAGCAGAAAUGCACUUCGCCUGUUUAUCUGCUCCAACAUAUGUGGGAGCAUCAUAAAGAAUAA